CUUCAUCAGCACUCGAUCGGAUCAAUUUCCUGUUAACACCUACAGAUGGCUCUUUGGGUUAAGUAUAGUGUAUCGACGUAUUUAAAUUGAACACUUUCUUCAACAUAUUUGAACAAUAAAAUAGAGAUUAGGGUUAGUUAUUGUGAAAGAUAAUCUCAAGAAACAUAUGGUACGUUCGAAGCGAUGAAGAAAAUUUACUUCGACACCCCAUCGGCAAUAUCGUGUUUAUAUUUAUAUAGGUUUCUAAUAAAAGCUUUUAGUACUAAUGAUAACUAUGAUCUCAUUUGAGGAAAAAGUAAUGUUCCUAUAUAUAGACACUUAAUCUAAUUAAGAUUUGAUUUCAAUGAAUACGAGAUCAGUGUAAAUCGGUAAGAAAUGGAUUUUUCUAGCGAAUGGAGGAAGAGUCAAAGUAUCUUCGAUGCGUAUAUUCUUCCGCGGAAAGGAAUGACACAAUUGAUACAAUUUGAUUCAUGUCUGAAAUAAAGAGCCGCAGUAGAAUCAUCCCGAAACUCUUCUUCUUUCUUGAUUAUUCCACAAAUUUUCUUUUUCCUUUUUUCUCAACUCAAUGUCUUCAUUUCCGUUACUUUUGACAUUGAAAUAAUCUUUUCAUCAUCAUCUUCUACUACUACUACUACUUCUUCUUCUUUUCUUCUUCUUUUUUUCCACAUCGUAUAUCUUGUCUCUUUGAACGACGAGAAGAAAAACUCCGAAGAUCUUUACAAGUCAAAUGUAAAACCAUUCCUCUCAUAUUAAAAGAAAACUAUAUCCAGAUCGCUAAGUUAACUUCAUCCUCCAAUCUUAUGGCAUUUUCGAAUAUAUUUCGACGUCAUUCGGCUUCUCAUGAACCUCCAGGAGCGAAUUAUGCGUGUCUAGAUGAAAACUCCAUCGCUGAAACAUUACUAGAUGAACUUGAAAUACAAUGUCGGAGUAGUUCAACAUUAACAAGCUUGCGAACAAAACGUCAUUCGGAUGUUUUAGCUCAUCGGCCAGGUUUAUUAGCUUCAACAUAUGACUCGCCAUCGAAACGACGUUCAUCAGUCGACUAUUCUUGGUUAACUCCUCAAAACAAUCUUCUGCAAGCACCAAGUGAAUUGUAUCAACUACCGGAUAUAAUCAAAAUGGAAUUGAGUGAACUUAUUCGAGGAGUUUCACCGGAAGAUUGUACAACUGUGGUCAACCAUUUUCGUCGAGAUCUACGUUUUCAAAGUCAAGCAAGCACACCGGAACAAGUGAUUGCUAUCUUCCGUAAUACCUUAUCGGAUUAUAUUGAACAUAAGCGAAAGAAUCGUUCCAACGAAACCAUUCAGUCCACGGAAAGCAGUCAAACAACUUUUAAACCAAAAGAACAACAUUCAGUUGCUGAAUUAGCUCAAAUAUCCCUGUCAGCAACUCGUACAAACGAGCCUGCCGAUGUCAAACCUCGCGCCAAUACCUAUGUAUGA